AUGUCCUCACAACCUUUCUUCUUUGGGUCAUUGAUCUCGCAAUCAUCGCCUACAUCGCUCCUUAUUCUUAUGGAGCAGCGGCUGCUGACAGCGUAUGCGGAAUUGGAUGAGUACACACGUUCAGAGGACCCUCAAGGCUGCCUGACUCGAUUUGGAGAAGGCGUGGUGUUGAUCGAGUCUUUCGCUCGUGAAUUCGACUUGGAUCUUCCACCUUUGCUUCAUCGCGCAAGGAGGGCCUUCGGAUACGGAUCAUUGACUCUUACAUACCAAGACUGCGUUAAUGGAUGGGUGAAAGCUAUUUUUGGAUCUGAUGGCAUUGAAGAUCAGAUUCUACUUGCAACUCCACCAGAAGAUCUGGCUGUCCUGGUUCCGACUUUAAUUCAGCAGGCCAUCGCUGCUGUCACAUGUGGUCAAAUGGAUUUAGAGACCUUGCAUAGCGGUCUUUCCUAUUUCUCCCAGCCGUUGUUGAGCUGGUGUCUGGGCGGUGUCAUUGCGUGGUUAUGUGACGAAAUAUUCCGAUUAGGACCAUUAUCAGCUUUGCAUCUUGUGGUCCUGCAGUCUCUAGCUCUUGGGCAUGCCUGCCCAGACCAGCUCCUGAGGGUCAAUGACCAAGCACUAUUCGACGUCAUCCGCCCCUCCAAUGAUCUACAAGAUGUCAUCAACUCGUCAGGUUUCAAGGCGGAGGGCUUGAGGACAAGAUUGACAAGCCUCGGUGUGACAGCACCUGAUUCUCGCCAAGACCUGUCUUUGGAUGUAGCCUUGGAGACCAUCUCCCACUUUCCGCUUUCCGCACCUCUCUGGCCUUGCUCAUUCAUCAUCGCCCUUAGAGCCAAACUGUCCACAUACAGAGGUCGCACAGCCGCUAUCAGCUCCAUAUUGUCAAAAACCUUUUCGUCUGCGAACGCCCCGUCUGAAGCGCCCAUCAUCGCCGGACAGUGGUAUUCACCACUCGUGCCGGUCCUUUUAGCGAUUGAUGUAGAUGGCAACGGACCUCUGGCGGCGGAUCUACCGCACUGGAUACAUUCAUGUAUUGACAGGCCAGACUUGGCGAACUCUGAUCAUCGCAAGCUAGGAGCCUUGGUCAAAGAUUCAAUGAUUCUUGUUUCCAAGACUUGGGGCGAGCAGUUCGGAGACCGGAUCUUGAGACAGAUCAUCAAGGAGCUUGAAUUGAUUCUGCUCGCACCUGUCGACACCUCGGACAGGGAUCAUUCGAGGUCUGUAAAGUCAAAAAGGAGGCAAGCGUCCGGGGGGCCGGUAAAAUCUGCUGAGGGCAUUUGCAAGGUCCUUUGGGAAGAUGAAGACUUGAGGGAGAGAUGGGGAAAGGAUUUACAGGCUUUAGAUCACUUGUGUUAG